UCUUGAUUCCAUAUGCACCAUACAUGUCGUCUAGGACCAAUUCACAUUAAUAUACAAAGCUUUUAAACCUAACCGAUUCAUGUGCGAACUUCCCUUUCUUCUGUAUCUAUAUUCAUAUACCUAUCUUUUAAAUUACCUUCUCAAGAACUCAUGAAUCAGUGUGUACCAAGCUGGGAUCUCGAAGACAUCAACCGUAAUCAGAAUGUUUUCAAAUUGGAUUAUGAAGUGGCGGAAUUGACUUGGGAAAAUGGGCAGCUGGCCAUGCACGAGUUAGGUCACCGGCGCGUGCCUUCCAAAUCCCAUUCCACAACCUCCACUCUCCCCAAAUAUACAUGGGACAAGCCACGCGCUGCCGAGACUCUGGAGGCGAUAGUUGAUCAAGCCAAGCUCCAACCCUACAGCAAAUACCAAGUAGCGGUUAACGACGAAGAAGUGGUACCAUGGCUGCAGCACCGCAUCCCAACCAUCGCUACCGGCAGUGUCAACGCAUCCGGGACGAUGACUUCCGACGCGUUGGUGCCGAGCUCCAACGGAAACAACAGAACCGACGAGCAAUCUGCUCAGGUCCACCGGUCAAUUAAGAGCGCUCAUGAUACUGGUUGUUCGACUCGCGUCGGGUCAUGCAGUGGUGCCCAGUCGGCGUUUUUCGACCGGAGAAUGGGUCAAGGUGGUGGAAGUACAACGGUUGCUGCGCACGAGUGGAGUAGCUGCAGGGAUCAGAGUGCGAGUAUAGGGAGUGAGACUUUUGCUGCAACUGAUACAUACGACGGUGAUUUGGGUGGUAGUCGGUUGACAUCUACAACGGGGUCGCCGCAAAAUACUAGCUCCGGCAAAGAUUACUCGAGGUCAACGUCCCCCGACGACUCUCUGUUUCUUUGUAGACCUCAUCAGCCAGAGGCAAACGGGGGUCGAGAAAAAAGAAAAGUAAAGGCUAAACCUUCGAUCUCGAAUAAAAGGAGAAGGACGGCUGCAAUUCAUAAUCAAUCCGAACGGAAAAGAAGAGACAAGAUUAAUCAAAGAAUGAAUACACUACAGAAGUUGGUUCCAAACUCAAGCAAGACGGAUAAAGCGUCCAUGUUGGAUGAAGUAAUAGAGUACGUAAAACAAUUGCAAGCACAUGUUCAUAUGAUGAGUAAAAUGAACAUGUCAUCCAUGAUGAUGCCUUUAGCCAUGCAACAACAACAAAUGCAGAUGGCCAUGAUGAAUUCGAUGGGCAUGGGGAUGGGUAUGGGAAUGGGAGUGGGAGGCAUGAUGGAUAUGAACACCAUCUGCUCCAACUUUCCGGUAGGUUUUCACCCAUCAACUUUUAUGCAUAUGCCUUCCUGGAACCACCACCCCACCGAUCAGGUCACCAACACUGCCCCCAUGGCUGCCGCCAAUCCAAUGUCUGCUUUUCUCGCUUGCCGGUCUCAGCCAAUAACCAUGGAUGCUUAUGGUAGGAUGACAGCUUUGUAUCAACAUAUGCAAAAUCAAACCUGUGGUCCACUUCCCAAGAACUAACAAUUAUGUUUAAAAUUUUCGAAAAAUUAUAUCUAAUAACGUAAUCUUACGACGACAUGUGUGUUAUAAUAAUUUAAAUUUACGUAGUACUGUCGUCCCUGACAACAUAUAUUCUUGUCAACCUACAUAUUUACAUGUAUGCUUGUUGAAAUGUAAAAUAUUAUUAUUUUUUGUUGAAUAGAUCGAUCAAUGAUAAAUUAAAUCAA